CAUCUGCGCUGGGCUGCUGGAGCUGUUUGAGUGUGUGUGAGCUCGACGGCGUCAUGGCGGAGGCCGGCUGCCUGAGGAACCGCGGCUGAAAUGCCUGCAAGCCUUUAUCUGCGCCCUCGGAUUACGGAGAAGAAGUUUCGGUAGCGGCUGGCGGCGGGUCGGAGCCGGGACGCGGGAGUGUAGGAGCGGGAGCGGACACUGAGGAACUUGGUUGGGUUCUGGGUGUGAAGUUGGAGUGUUUUUGGGGGAACUGCUGCCGCUCUGUUCAGCUAUAACUGAGACUCAGAGACUGAGAGAGAGAGCGGGGCUGGCAGCGCGCUGGAGCCAGGUGCGCUCCAGUGUAACCGCUGGAGGUUUGGGAUAUUAAGGACUGUAAUCAGGCGCAGCAGCAAACAUUGGUCGUUUUAGGAGCCCUAGCAUUUGAGCCACAGACAUGGAUGGCCGAAGUGAAGAUGAAAGUGUGAGCAACAGCAGCGGAGAUUCCAGUAAUUCUGAAGAUGAAUCUGGAUCUGGGUCUGGAUCAGGCUCAGGUUCUGGCUCCAGUUCCAGCAGUAGUAGCUCCAGUAGCAGCCAGUCAGGAAGCAGCGACUCAGGAAGUGGCUCGGAUUCGGGCAGCCAAUCUGACUCCGACUCGGAGAAGUCUAAGGGGAAGAAUGAUCAGGAUAAAAACCCUGCCAAGAUUGAUACAUCAGAAUUUUGGAAGUCAAAUCCCAGUAUCCUGGCAGUGCAGAGAUCAGCCAUGCUCAGGAAACAGCAGCAGCAACAGCUUCAGCAGCAGCAACAGCAGCAGCAAAAGCAGCAGCAACAGAGCUCCUCAAAUAGUGACUCAGAUGAGGAGUCCUCUAGCAGUGAUGACUCAGAUGAUGACUCUUCCAGGAAGAAAAAGAGUAAAGGGUCUUCAGACUCUGACUCAGGGUCCGGCUCUGGGUCUGGUUCAGGAAGUGACAGCUCUGAUUCUUCAGCUGAGGAAGAGGAGGAGAACAGUGAAGAGUCUGUUUCAGACUAUGAGCCCAGCCACAAAGUCAAAAGCAGAAAACCAACGAACAAGACCAAUGCCAGAAAUGGGAAAAAAAGCAAGGCUCCAAAAAAGAAGUCCGCAGGCUCCUCUUCUGAAGACGAGGACGACUACAAGAAGGCUCUGGCAGGUCCUCGGCGGCAGGCUACGGUCAAUGUGAGCUACAAAGAGGAUGAAGAGCUGAAAACGGACUCUGAUGAUCUGUUGGACGUGUGUGGGGAGGACGUGCCCCCACCUGAGGAGGAUGAAUUUGAAACGCUGGAAAGAGUGAUGGGCAUUAGAAUAGGACGGAAAGGAGCCACUGGGGCCACAACCACAGUCUAUGCUGUUGAAGCUGACGGGGACCCCAAUGCCAACUUUAACUCAAGCAAGCAGCCAGGGGAUGUGCAGUACCUGAUCAAAUGGAAGGGCUGGUCACACAUUCACAAUACGUGGGAGACUGAAGAGACGCUAAAACUGCAGAAUGUGAAGGGCAUGAAGAAACUGGACAAUUUCAAAAAGAAGGAGCAGGACAAAAAGAAGUGGCUCAAAAGUGCUUCACCUGAGGAUGUGGAGUACUUCAACUGCCAGCAGGAGCUCAUGGACGACUUGCAUUCGCAGUAUCAGCUCGUGGAGAGAAUUAUUGGUAAGAGAAUGCUUUUAAUUCGAUCACUGUUCAGCAUUCUGCUCACUUUCAGUUUCGAUUGUGUAUUUAUGCAUGCUUUGCCUUCAAUUUUGUCAGGUCACUCGAAUCAGAAGUCAGCAGCAGGCUACCCAGACUACUUGUGCAAAUGGCAAGGCCUUCCCUAUUCUGAAUGCAGUUGGGAAGAUGGGGCACUUAUUUCACGAAAGUUCCAGAAGUGCAUAGAUUGCUACAUGAGCCGGAACCAGUCCAAAACGAUCCCCUUCAGAGACUGCAAGGUUUUAAAGCAGAGGCCGCGGUUUAUGCCUAUGAAGAAACAGCCUCAUUAUAUUGGCGGAGAUGGACUUGAGCUUAGGGACUACCAGCUGGACAGCUUGAACUGGAUGGCCCAUUCAUGGUGCAAAGGUAACAGUUGUAUUUUGGCAGAUGAGAUGGGUCUGGGUAAAACCAUCCAGACAAUCUCUUUUCUGAACUACCUGUUCCAUGAGCACCAGCUUUAUGGGCCUUUCCUGCUGGUGGUGCCCUUGUCCACUCUCACGUCCUGGCAGAGGGAGAUCCACCUUUGGGCCCCACAAAUGAAUGUGGUGGUCUACCUGGGAGAUAUCAGCAGUAGGAACAUGAUCCGGACACAUGAGUGGAUGCAUUCACAGACCAAGCGGCUGAAGUUCAACAUCCUCCUCACUACAUAUGAAAUCCUCCUGAAAGACAAGUCAUUUCUAGGGAAUGUGAGCUGGGCUUUUAUUGGUGUGGAUGAGGCCCACCGGCUGAAGAAUGAUGAUUCACUUCUGUACAAGACCAUGAUUGACUUCAAAUCCAAUCACCGGCUCCUUAUCACAGGAACACCUUUGCAGAACUCGCUGAAAGAGCUGUGGUCUUUACUGCACUUCAUCAUGCCAGAGAAGUUUCACUCAUGGGAGCUCUUUGAGGAUGAGCACGGAAUGGGAAGAGAUUCUGGCUACACCAGCCUGCACAAGGAGCUGGAGCCGUUCCUGCUGCGCAGGGUCAAGAAGGAUGUGGAGAAGUCACUGCCUGCCAAGGUGGAACAGAUCCUCAGGGUGGAGAUGAGUGCUAUGCAGAAACAGUACUAUAAGUGGAUCUUGACGAGAAACUACAAGGCUCUGAGUAAAGGUACAAAAGGAAGCACGUCUGGCUUCCUCAACAUUAUGAUGGAGCUGAAGAAGUGCUGUAAUCACUGCUACCUCAUCAAAUCGCCAGACGACCAUGAUUUCUACAACAAAGCAGAGGCCUUGCAACACUUAAUACGCAGCAGUGGGAAGCUGGUCCUGUUGGACAAGCUGCUGGUGCGACUAAAGGAACGUGGCCACCGCGUCCUCAUCUUUUCCCAGAUGGUCCGGAUGCUGGACAUCCUGGCUGAGUACCUGAAGAGUCGCCAGUUCUUAUUUCAGAGACUGGAUGGCUCUAUUAAGGGUGAGAUGAGGAAACAAGCGUUGGAUCAUUUCAAUGCAGAAGGCUCUGAGGAUUUCUGCUUCCUGCUGUCCACGCGAGCGGGUGGUCUGGGUAUUAACUUGGCAUCUGCAGAUACUGUGGUCAUAUUUGACUCAGACUGGAACCCCCAGAAUGACCUGCAGGCUCAGGCCAGAGCUCACAGGAUUGGGCAGAAGAGACAGGUAAAUAUUUACCGUCUUGUGACCAAAGGAUCUGUAGAAGAGGAUAUUAUUGAAAGAGCCAAGAAAAAGAUGGUGCUGGACCACCUUGUGAUUCAGAGGAUGGACACGACAGGAAAGACUGUCCUCCAUACUGGUGCUGCCCCCUCCAGCAGUUCCACCCCUUUCAACAAGGAGGAGCUGUCGGCUAUUCUAAAGUUUGGUGCUGAAGAACUCUUCAAGGAGCCAGAGGGAGAGGAACAGGAGCCUCAGGAAAUGGAUAUUGAUGAAAUUCUGAAGAGAGCAGAAACCAGAGAAAAUGACCCUGGCCCGUCUACUGUAGGAGAGGAACUUCUCUCACAGUUUAAGGUGGCAAACUUCACUAUGAUGGAAGAGGAGGAGAUUGACAUGGACGCAGAUGGCAACCAGAGGAACUGGGACGACAUUAUCCCAGAGGAGCAGCGGCGGAGGAUGGAGGAGGAGGAGAGGCAGAAGGAGCUGGCAGAGAUCUACCUGCUUCCCCGCAUGAGGAACUGUGCCAAACAGAUAAGCUUCAACGGUAACGAGGGCAGACGGAGUCGGAACAGAAGAUACUCUGGCUCAGACAGCGACUCCGCGUCAGAUCGAAAACGGCCUAAGAAGAGAGGCAGACCUCGAACGAUUCCUAGGGAGAAUAUUAAGGGCUUUAGUGAUGCUGAAAUACGAAGAUUCAUUAAGAGCUACAAGAAGUUUGGGGGUCCUUUGGAAAGAUUGGAUGCUAUUGCCCGAGAUGCUGAGUUGGUGGAUAAAUCGGAGCAUGAUUUGAGGCGACUGGCAGAAACUGUGCACAACGGCUGUGUUAAAACACUGAGGGAAAACCCCUGUGGACCAGAGAAGACCUCAGGAGGCAGGCGAGGCAAGGUGAAAGGACCCACUUUCAGAAUAUCAGGAGUUCAGGUCAAUGCUAAGCUAGUAAUCUCACAUGAGGAGGAACUGGCGCCUCUGCACAAGGCCAUUCCUGCAGACCCAGAGGAGAGGAAGAGGUAUACACUUCCUUGCCAUGCAAAGGCAGCUCAUUUUGAUAUUGACUGGGGAAAAGAGGAUGACUCCAGCCUGCUUAUUGGUAUUUAUGAGUAUGGCUAUGGAAGCUGGGAAAUGAUUAAAAUGGACCCAGACCUCAACCUUACACAUAAGCUCUUACCAGAUGAUCCAGAUAAAAAGCCACAAGCGAAGCAGCUCCAGACACGAGCAGACUACCUCAUCAAAUUGCUCAGCAAGGACCUUGCCAAGAAGGAGGCCCAAAGGCAAACGGGCAAUUCUAAUUCACGAAAGAGGAAGCCACGGGGGAAGAAGAACAAAGCUGUGAAACCGAAGGUGGAAGAAGUGCCCAACAGUCUGUCUUCUGUUCCUCCCUCAGACAAGAGUUCGGAGGACGAGGACGACAAGGUAGAAGCAAAGGAAACUCCCACUGCAAAGCCAGCAGCUGCUAGAAAGGCAAAAGUCCCUGAUCGAGCUGUGAAGGAGGAGGAAGAGGAGGAACCCGAGUCAGAGGCUCAUGUCAAAGAAGAGAAGGAGGAGAAGGAGACAAAAGAAAAGGAGGUGAAGAAAGAGAUCAAAAAAGAGAAGAAGGAGGAAGGCCGAGAAGGCAAAGAGAAAAAGGAGCCAAAGGAGAAAAAGGAGACCAAGCCUUUGGAGCCUGUGCACAAAGUGGAAGAGGCGAAUUCAGAAAAGACUCUGGAUAUAAAAGCUGAUAUCUGGGAGAAGAGUAAAAAGGCUGACACUCCAAUCCACAUUACUGCAGGAGGAGAGACCGUUCCAAUCUCUGAGGAGUCAGAAGAGCUUGACCAGAAGACUUUCAGUGUGUGUAAGGAGCGCAUGAGGCCAGUGAAAGCUGCUUUGAAACAACUGGACCGUCCUGAGAAAGGUCUUUCAGAGCGUGAACAGCUGGAGCACACUCGGCAGUGCCUGAUCAAAAUUGGAGAUCACAUCACAGACUGUCUCAAAGAGUACAGCAACCCUGAACAGAUCAAGCAGUGGAGAAAAAAUCUUUGGAUAUUUGUUUCCAAAUUUACGGAAUUUGAUGCAAGAAAACUGCAUAAAUUGUAUAAGCAUGCAAUCAAGAAAAGACAAGAAAACGCUCAGGCAGCGGACCAGAACACUAGCACUGUAAAUACACAAUCAUUAAAACACGCAGACAUCGAGAGGUUAAAGGACUCUCAGCAAGAUGAGAGCAGCAGAGACAGCUACAGCUCGGACCGGCACCACGGAACAUCACGCAGCCAAGAGCAGCAGAGCAAAGAGCGGCAGUCCAGCGACUCGCAUAGGAAAAGCUCGGACAGCAGGAAGAGGCCAUACCCCUCCUUCAGCAACGGCAAAGACCACAGAGAGCGAGACAGAGACCGAGACCGAGAACGGGACAGAGACCACUACAGAGACCGUCAGGACAGCAGAUACUACAGCGACAGCAAGCAUAGGAAGCUAGAUGAUCAUCGUUCCAGUCGAGACCACUGGUCAGACAGCAGCUCUAAGGACCGCCUGCACUCAGACCACCGAUCCCACUCUGACCACCGAUCCCACUCUGAACACCGGUCCAGCUCUGACUAUAGCCACCACAAACCCUCUCGGGACUACCGCUAUCACUCAGACUGGCAAAUGGAGCACCGAGCGUCAGGCAGCGGACCCCGUUCUCCUCGAGACCAGCGGUCGCCGUACGACUCUCGCUCGCCCAUGGGCCACCGGUCACCGUUCGAGUACUCAUCUGACCACAAGAGCACGCCCGAGCAGGUCUGGAGCAGCCGCAAGACAUAGCGCCCGCUGCCUGGCUCGCUCUCUGUCAGCCAUAGACACAGUAAUACACAUGCAGGAAAUGCCUUAUUGGACUUGGCCGCUGUACUGCGCACUGGUCUUUUUCUUUAAGGCCCCGUGCUCUCCUCCUCUCCUCUCAUCUCCAGGCUGACUUUGGAUAAACUGGGGAGUAAACACAAAUUGCAUAUUUUUGUAUUUAAGAGUCUCGUUGCACCGUUUCAUAGGUGCAGCAGUGUAAGGUUUCUUUUUUCUUUUUUUAAUUAUUUUUAUAAAUUGACUACUUUUUUUUUUUCUUCCUUUAUUCUUCUUGUCGGAUACAGAAGAAUCCGGUGUGCUCAUUUUCCACCGCCACCUGCAACACUGGAUUCUGGCAUUGAUGUACCACAUCCACAAUGUACUGCAGCUCUUGACUUAUUUAAGAUAAAAGUGUUUGAACAGAAGAAGAGACUAGGAUCGUGUAUUGUCUCAAUGUCGUGCUAAGAAUGGAUUUAAGGGUCUCUCCUCGGAGCAAUCUGAAGGACUGGGGUUCACCUUCCAAAGUACCUCGUUUACAAUGUUUUCAUGUGAUGACCACCCUGCCGAUUUUCUGUAUGUUUGUAUGUUUAUCUUUCCAUCAUGCUUGAAUUAUUUAAUUCUCUCAGCUGUAAAAUAAUCUGGAUUCUGUUUUUUGUGAGCAUCUGAAAAUGUCCCUUUCACAAAUUGUACUACUGUAAAUUAUUGUAUAAAAGUAAAUCAAAUGGGCUUUUUCUUCUCAGGCUUUUUUUUUUUUUUUGUUUAGUUUUUUUCUUUGAACUAGAUGUUCCCUUUCCCCAUCAACUCAGGCUUUUUUGUCAGUUGUUGAUUUAACAGUUUGGUUUCUGUAUGACAGUUUAUCUAAAUGCUAUUUAGAAUGUAACUCGGGGGAAUAGGGAAACUAUUCCAUUUGUGUAUUCCUGUAGAGGGACACCUUUAGGUCUCUCCAUCUCUCCUUUUUUGAUUAAUUCAGUUGUUAAUGUUUAAGUUUAGCAAGAAGCCUCACCUGAAACGCGAUUAUGUCAUUUAAAAACAAAAAAAAAACAGCGUGAGGGUUGAUUUAUAGCUAUAGAGGCACUUAUUUGACUUGAAUUAGGGUUUUUUUUGUAAAGAAAUUCCAGUUUUCCCUUUUUUGGUCUUUUUUUUAUAUAAAUGUAGGCAAUAACGUAAAAUCUUCUAUGCAGCCCAAGUGUAUUUCUGGUGAAUGGCCCGAUCAAGUCAAAAAUGCUGUUACAGUACACACUGUAUAUAGAUUUCCUCUAUAUUUCAAAUCAAAUUUACACUGAAUGCAUGGAUUUUUAAAAAAAUAAUUGUUUUAUAUAAUUGUUUAUAAAGUCAUUAAACUCAAAUCACUGUU